CUGCCCGCCGCCGGACAUGCACUAGAGGCGCCCACGCCAAGUACCCCUUGAGUGCAUCUUUUUCCAAGAUAAACCCGCAUCACGUGGCACGUCUGGCGCUUUUAUAAAAAUGUGCUCAAUCAUGUGCAUCAACUUCUAAAGUCGUAAACUUAUAGGCGGAUGCAGGGAAGUUUUUCUUAAAGAUGAAACAACAACUUUUCCUUGUAUUUUUCGCUCUCGCCAUCAGGCAUAGCCAGGCGCAAUCUAGUUACGUAGCGGCUGUCGUGGAGUUUUAUUCCUUGGGUGGAACUUUUCGGCAGAACAUCGGAAAGUACGAAGAUCUCAUCGCCGAUGCAAAAUCUCAGGCGGCGGAAAUUAUCGUAUUUCCCGAGUAUGGCCUGACGACGACGGCGGUUUCCCAGUCACGAUCGCUGUGCAUUAACGUCGGUCAAGAGGUGCCCGCCCUCGACUCGAACCCCUGCCUCGAUUUCAACAACGACACAAUUAACACGGAAGCUCUGAAGCGGCUUUCUUGCGCCGCCCGCAACAACUCGAUCUACGUGGUGGCCAACCUGAUCGAAAGGCAGUUUUGCGGGCCGCAGUGCGCCCAGGACAACUACUUGAUUUACAACUCGAACGUGGCGUUCGACGCUAAUGGCACUCUCGUCGCCAGAUACCGCAAGUUCAAUUUGUACGGCGAACCGGCGCUCAACACGACCGCCGAGACUGAUAUUGCCGUUUUUACGACGUCUUUCGGGGCCACAUUCGGCACCUUCACCUGCAUGGAUUUGCUCUUUUACAACCCCAGUGUGCGGCUGGUCCGCGAAUUCGGCGCCACCGACAUCGCUUUUCCGACAGCCUGGUUCUCCGAGCUGCCCUACCUGACAGCCGUGCAAGGCCAAUCUGCGUGGGCACUCGGAUUAGGGGUUAAUUUCCUCGGUUCCGGCUACAACCACCCCGCAGUGGGAAACAGCGGCAGCGGAAUUUACUCGGGGGAAAAGGGCGAGAUUGUUUCACUGAUGGCCCAGCAAAGCGGCACCACCCUUCUGGUGGCAACCGUUCCUCUCAACACACGCAGACAAUCGCGGCAGUCGCGAAGAGCCAAACGCGGUGCGGCUCCCCCGGCUGCGUUCGACUUGCUGCUGAAGAACGACAACCUUCGGGACUACACGUCGGCAGCUUUGAGCGCAGAGAUCGGCGCCAAUCUGACUUUGACACAUUGCCAGGCUGAUCUGUGUUGCACGGUUGAUUAUGAACUGGAGUCAGUUGACGCGGCGGGCGAAUUCAAUUACAGACUCGUGGUAAUUGACGGCAUUGUUACGCACGACGGAGGACAUUACGUCAACAGGGAGCAGGUGUGUUCGGUGAUAGCGUGUGCCGGCGCAAACACGACAAGCUGCUCUGACGACUUGGAGUUUUCAACUUACUCGGCUUCGACCGUAUUCAAGUCGCUCUCAGUGUCGGGCAACUUUAGCACCGAUCUGCUGCAACCAAACACGCUGCUGGUGCCAUCGCUCGCCGUUUUGAGGCCCACCGAAGAUUACAACUUUGAGACGAAUUCGGCUGCUUCUGUGUCCCAGAUGGGUUUGACAAAGUCCAUUAGCAAUCUGCAUACUUUCGGCCUGUUCGCUCACGAUUUCGAGCCACCAACUGCUAGCGAGGUGAACACAGAAGGACUCAAUCAAGAGGCGCCGGCAUUGCUGUAAACUGUGCGUUGCGGCGCGGCUCGUUGAAGGAUGAUUAAUCAAUACGGACACUAGAGUGAAAACAGACUUUGGCCUUGCGAGAUCAGAGUGAUCUGGUUUUUGCCAAACUGUGGACUAGAAGAAGAGUUAUGUUUGAAUUUUUGGGGCAAACAUUGGAAAUCUGUUUAAAAGCAACCAGAAAAAAUUUGAAUCAAAGGAAAUAAAAAAAAUUACAAAAAAUUAUCUGAUCUUAAAAAAUAAAAACUCUUCUGUCGGAAAUUUUAAGGAGACAAUAAAAUCAGUUGAUUUUUUUUUUACCUUUC